UCUUUCUGCCCCAUAGGUCCCAGCCACAACAUUCCCAGGACUAGUGGGCAGGGGCCCAGCACUGCGGCUCAGGCGUGUGUCCCAGACGCAGCCCCAGAUGGAGUCUGUUCACUGAGCCAGGAAUGCUUCCCUGUCCCACGAUGCCCAGCUUGGGGUCAGCUGCCAGCCUACAUGGACUGGCUGGUUCCUUGGAUUCCAUCUGGGCCUCCGCGGGUGCGAGACCAGCUGGUGAUGCUGGUGGAGCUGCGUGGCAGCGCUGGGUGGAAGCAGCUUCCCGUAGCCUGGAGGGCCGAGGCCUGCUGCAGUCAGGCGCGAGUGGGGAGAAGUGGCAGCCGGAGGACAUGGCUGCUCACGUCGGCGCUUCUCGGACACCCCAAGAAGUGAUGGAGCAUUAUGUAAGCAUGUACAUUCAUGGAAACCUGGGGAAGGCCUGCAUCCCCGACACCAUCCCCAACCGGGUGACAGACCACACGUGCCCCAGCGGAGGCCCCCUCUCGCCCAGCCUCACCACCCCACUGCCUCCCCUGGACAUCUCGGUGGCCGAGCAGCAGCAGCUGGGCUACAUGCCGCUGCGGGACGACUAUGAGAUCGAGUACGACCAGGACGCCGAGACGCUCAUCAGUGGGCUCUCGGUCAACUACGACGACGACGAUGUGGAGAUUGAGCUCAAGCGCGCCCACGUGGACAUGUACGUGCGGAAGCUCAAGGAGCGGCAGCGACGCAAGAACAUCGCCCGGGACUACAACCUGGUGCCAGCCUUUCUAGGCAGGGACAAGAAGGACAAGGAGCGGACACUGAAGCGCAAGAUCACCAAGGAGGAGAAGGAGCUGCGGCUGAAGCUGAGGCCGCUCUACCAGUUCAUGUCGUGCAGGGAGUUCGACGACUUGUUUGAGAACAUGCACAAGGAGAAAAUGCUCCGGGCCAAGAUCAGAGAGUUGCAGAGGUACCGGCGGAACGGCAUCACCAAGAUGGAGGAGUCGGCCGAGUAUGAGGCUGCCCGGCACAAGCGCGAGAAGAGGAAGGAGAACAAAAGCCUGGCCGGCGCCAAGAGGGGCAAGGAGGACGGCAAGGACGGGGACUUCGCGGCCAUCGAGCACCUGCCCGGCUUCGAGCUCCUGUCCGACCGUGAGAAGGCGCUCUGCAGCUCGGUCAACCUGAGCCCAGCCCGCUACGUGACUGUGAAAACCAUCAUCAUCAAGGACCACCUCCAGAAGCGACAGGGCAUCCCCUCCAAAAGCCGCCUUCCUAGCUAUCUGGACAAAGUCCUAAAGAAAAGGAUUUUAAAUUUCCUCACAGAGAGUGGCUGGAUAUCCAGGGAUGCUUCCUGAAGCCGGGAGAGUGAUGCUAAAAUAGUUCAUGAGCCAAAAGGACUCGGGGAGGGGGACGAAGUGCUUUUUCCCUCCACUGUUGCUCUUUUUAAACAAAUUGAGUCCUUUUAAAAGAUUCUCUUCAUGGUCCUCUGAAAGCAGCACUCCCAGUAGCACCAGUCUUACGCUAGGUCAUGGGGAGCAGACGUGUCUCUUAACUUACUCCUGAAAGUGAUACUUUAAGAUGACGAUUUGCCUUCGUGUGCUCAGUUUGGAGAGUAUUGUGAGAUUGGAGAAUUUACUUUUAUUUUGUGAGCUUUCUUCCCUUUGGGUACAAAACCUGUUGUGCUGUGGGUAACAGGAGUACCGUUUUCCUGCACGACCGACAAGCCAUCAACUUCCUGCUGGGGGCACAGCUCUUCCCCGGUGGGCCCCACCCACUGCUGCCAUGGCUGUCCCAACGCGGCCAGGCACAUGGCACUUUAUGUGGAGGUGGGCCAGGCACAGAUUCCUCUGCUGUGUGGCAGAUGGAGAGAGUGAGACCAGAGGACAGCGACAGGAUGACAUUUGCUUAGAGACUGCAGAGGCAGCAGCUGUUGGUUGAGCACAGUGACCAAGCGAGCUUCCACUUAACUACUGGCAGUGGCAAAGGCCAAGCUUGUGGGUCCCAGAUCCCGACACCGACCCUUGCCUCACUUUACUGUGGGCAGAGCAGUGCCUCGGGCAGGCUCUGGGAGCAUGGCCACGUCCCCAGGAAUGGAAGAGCACAUAGUGGCAAGGGCACAAGGACCAGGAUAGACUGCCAGAUGCUCUAAAGCAGUUUCCCAUGGCUGCCUAUUGCUGCUGUUAGUACCAGCAGUGUAUUUUACUCGGAAGCACCCGUUUUAAAAAGGCUGAGAGUUCUGAGGUCUGGUACUAGCUCCUCAAGUUUCAUCACAGCUGCAAGUACCCAGUCACAGGAAAUGUGGCCAUGCCUGCCUGGCCAGGUAUGCACUAGAGUGCGCAGGCCACCCGGCCUAGCAGCACCAGCGUGUGACCUGGGGGCCUGGCUGCUGCUGCACGGCCACUGCCUUCAGUCAGGUGCAGGAGUGGCUUCUUCCCAGCCUGGUUACAAGUUCUUUCCAGGGCCCUCUUUCAAGGACGCACAUGGUACCUUGUUCCUGAGACCUUAGGAAGUUGUUUCUGGCUGCUCAGGACUCCCCUGUCCAAGACCCUGCUGUCGAGUCCAUGGAGUGACCAUGACCCCGGCUCCCCCUCCCUAGAGCUUGUCUUGCCUUCUCCUAUCCCCCAUAGGUACCGAGAGACUGUUUACUUCCCAGAGUGUUUGGGUUGGAAGUUACAUUAAAGUGAAGUUAUUUGCAAGAAAAGAGGAAAACACACCUCAUCAUUGCCGAGGAUGACUUAAUUCUGGUGCCUUUUCCUUUCUUCUUACAUCCUUCUGUCCCCUAGGAUAAAUUUUUCAGCAUUAAAUAAAACACUUCAAAUGUAUCAGA